AUGUUUGCCAUAAAGUCAGUUUUAGAGGCUUUUGAUGAGGAAGAAGGGAUUGAAGUGGCCUGGAGCAAAGUCAAGCCUGCGGACGAUGCUGAGCUUCAGCGCUUGUUUUUUUCGGAGAUUAAUUGGCUCAAGUCUCUAAAACAUGGUAAGAUCAUCAAGCUUUUCAGCUGGUGGGUCUCGGAAGAUGGUGAUAAUGGUAAGAAGGAUUUGAAGUAUGACAAUGUGUUUAUUAAUGGUUUCAAUGGAGAGGUGAAGAUUGGGGAUUUCGGGUUUACAUUGGUGAUGCAUGAGCAGAGUAGUAGUUCUGAGUAUGGAGUGAUUGGCACGCCAGAGUUUAUAGUGCUGGAGAUGUAUGAAUAG